AUGUCCUCCGCAGAUAUCGAGGUCACGUUGGACAACGUCGCCCAGGUCCUGGAAAACGAUACGAGGGUGAAAGUCGCUGGAAUCGAUGUCGAUGGCGUCCUACGAGGAAAGCUCAUAUCCAAGAAGAAGUUCCUGUCGAUUGCACAAGAAGGCUUCGGGUUCUGCUCUGUUAUCUUCGGCUGGGAUAUGCACGACCGCACUUACUUCAAGGAAUUGCAGAUCAGCAACAAGGAGAAUGGCUACAGGGAUCUUGUUGCGAUUCCGGAUUUGAAAAGUUUCAGACGGAUACCAUGGGAGGACAAUGUCCCGUUCUUCCUGGUCAGCUUUUUUGAUCCAGAGACCAGGGAGCCCAUUUGCGCGUGUCCUCGUGGCUUGCUCAAGACCGCAAUGGAUAAGUGGGAGAAUGCGGGUUAUAAGGCGAUGGCUGGUGCGGAAUACGAGUUCUACCAGUUCCGCGCACCGGGCAGCAACGACAACCCUGAACGCAAUUCCUCCAACACAGCUACGUUUCUGAAGAACAACCCUGUCGAGGCUCUUCCGCCUCUGACAGAAGGCAUGUUCGGGUACAGCUUGACGCGGCCAAUUCAUAACCAAGAGUAUUACUACGGUAUCUUCGACGCAUGCGAACAAUUCAGAUGCGAUCUCGAGGGAUGGCAUACUGAGAGUGGGCCUGGUGUGUUCGAAGCUGCCUUGCAAUUCGGGGAGAUCAAAGAUAUGGCGGAUAGAGCAGGUCUGUUCAAAUAUGUGGUGAAGUCCUUAGGCAGUAAAUUCGGCAUUACACCCGCUUUCAUGGCGAAACCCCGCGAGGGCCUCCCCGGUAACAGCGGCCACAUGCACGUCUCCAUCGUCUCGAAAGAGGGCAAGAAUCUAUUCGCGCGUGAGACGCCCGAUGCUAACGCUCCCUAUCCGGACGUUGCCUACCUCUCGGACCUGGGUAGACACUUCCUCGCCGGUCUACUUACUGGUCUGCCGGAUAUCAUGCCUCUGCUGGCCCCGACCAUCAACUCUUACAAGCGACUGGUCGAGAACUUCUGGGCUCCGGUUACCGUAUCCUGGGGUCUGGAACAUCGUGCAGCUUCCAUCCGGCUCAUCUCACCGCCGACAGCCAGCGCGAAGGCGACGCGCUUUGAGGUUCGCGUUCCGGGAGCGGAUACCAAUGCGCACCUCGUCCUUGCCGCCAUCGUUGCUUUGGGAUGGUAUGGCGUCGAGAACAAGCUCGAGAUUCCCGUGCCUCCGCUGGGUAAGGGUGAAGAUGUAGGCAGCGCGAGCGACCAGGGCACCCGACUGGCGAAGAAUCUGAAGGAGGCAACCGUGCGAUUUAUGGCCAAGGACAGCAUGGCCCGGAAGGUGUUUGGUGAUGCUUUCGUGGAACACUUUGGUGGCACGAGAGAGCAUGAAGUCCGCCUGUGGGAGGAGGCUGUUACUGACUGGGAGGUGAGACGAUAUAUCGAGACGGUCUAA